CUUUCUUUAGCUUUAUCCUCGUAUCUAUCUGUUCACGGCUUCCGUCUUUCAUCUCAAGUCCAGCCAUGUCACAGCACAUGCAAUCACUAAGAUCGCCAUCCAAAGGCUCAGUCACGCCGAGUAGGAAGUCUUCAUCUUGCUCCGGAAUGACUCUGAAUGUCGCCGAUACUCGAACUAGCUCGACAGCUACCGCCAACAUUGGCGACGAAAGUGCACUGGCUGCCCCUGCUUUGCUGGCAAAAGCGGACAGCCCACGCGAGGAGGAUAACAGGACGUGGCUACAGCAAUGGCCUGGCGGCUGGCGGCCGUAUUCAGCACUGACGGGAGGAUUUUGUCUCAUGUUUAUCAGCUGGGGUUAUGUUAAUGCAUAUGGAACAAACGCCACGUUCUAUGACCAUACGCUGAUGCAAGGCUUGGACAAGAUGCGGAUCAACUUGAUUGGCGCGACGCAAUGCUUUAUGAUACUGGGUCUGUCCUUCAUCGUGGGACGCCUAGUCGACGCAAGUCACAUCACGAAAGUUCUGACGACAGGUACAUGUCUGGUAGCUCUUGGAACGUUUCUCUUAGCGAUCGUUGAUGGUCGAAGCUGGAGUCCUGACGCGGUCUUUUCAUAUGUCUGGGCCACACAAGGUUUCAUCACUGGCUGCGGCAUGGCUUGCUUCUUCGUCCCGUCCUCGUGGGUCGUUGCAACUUGGUUCCACGAAAUGAAAAGCACGUCGAUAGGCAUCGUCGCCACUGGAGCUAGCGUUGGAGGCGCCAUCUUCUCCAUCAUGACCCGGUACUUGAUCGAACAAGCAAGCUUCCGCGUAGCUUCCCUCUCCGUAGCGGCUGUCAUGACGUUCCUAGCAGCUCUUGCCACAUUCAUCGCGAAGCCGAACACGGCACCCAGACGGGGAAGUCUCGAGAAGGACAUGGACAAUACGCCCGAGAAGCAAGAGCUCUGGAGAGCGAUUACGGGCGCCUGGGACCGCCACGCUUUGAAGGACUCUCGCUUCGUUUGGGUCUCCGCCUCGACUGCCUGCAUCUUCCUCGGAUUCUAUGCCAUCUUUUUCAACAUCGAAGACUGGGCGGCGUACACUGGCGUCGCCUACCGAGAGGCAACCCGCCCGUCUACUAGCUUCGCGGAUGCAAUUAAGACGUUCUUGCUUCUUACCGUCAUGAACGCUAGCUCGUCCAUUGGUCGAAUAGCUUCAGCUGCGACCGCAGACCACCUCGGCAAUUACGGAGCGCUGCAUGUCCACGCUUUAUGCACUGGGAUCACGAGCAUACUAUGUCUGGUUUUCUGGGUACUGGCGAAGACUGUUGGUACAGCACUCGGUUUCGUAGUCGUCUUUGGCGCCUUCUCUGGCGCUGUAAUCGGUCUUCCUCCGGCUUCAAUGGCAUACAUUCUCGACAAGAACGAUCCCGUUGCGCAGGCAAAGCUCGGGCAAUGGGUCGGAAUGAUGUAUACGAUCGCCGCGCCGUUUGCCCUCGCCGGACCCGUCAUCGCUGGCCAUCUUAUCUCCACAUUCGGCUUCCUGAGCCUGCAACUAUGGUCCGGUGUGUCUUUAUUAGCUGCCUGCGGCUGCAUGCUCAUGGCUGUUCUCAGUCAUCACCGUCACCUGUCGGCUAAGGCGGCGGCAGAGAUCGAGGCACAAGCUUCGGUGAACGUCACAAACGAUAUGCUACCGCUCUCCAAAGAAGUACAGUAACCUUGGGAGGCUCGGGUGCAGCCGUGGGCAAUGUGCCGACAGACCACAGAGAAGCUAAUCGUUUGUGUUGCGGAAGGCCACCAAGCCGGUUUUGGAGUUGUGUCAUGAAUGCGAGCGGAUAUACCACACCGCAUGCCAGUCAUAAUGGAUAUUGUGGUUCCAAGAUGAUACAUUAUACACCGAGAUCUGUCUUCAGAUAGCUUCAUAGAGUAAGAUUUUCCUACCCUUC